GCGCUUUUACAAACACAUCACUCUUCGUUUUCUUCGAAAAGCCAACAAUUACGAGCAAUGAGGAUCUCCUGGCAUCUUGCUACCUUCUUAUUCUUAAGUUUAAAAGUGGAUUCCUUUACAACUUCGCGUAUUCCUUUUCUCCGUCAGAGCACUGAAAGAUAUAGCGGGACGCCACAAGUAGUCGAACCAAUUGAUUCCAGCGAAUGCCGAUUGAUCAUCUGCCAAAUUACUGAUGUCUACACUCUGGAGCAUCUCGCGCACUUCAAGACAUUGGUAGAGGAAACAAAAAAGCAAUCGAAAGGAGCCACCGUUGUUUCUAUGUUAACGGGUGACUUUCUGAGUCCUUAUUUGCUUUCCAAAGUCGACAAAGGAGCUGGUAUGAUGAACGCUCUAGCCAAUAUACCGUUGGAUAUCCUUACGUGGGGCAAUCACGAAGCGGACAUUGAACACGAGACCGUGUGCGAGCACAUUCGAAAUUUUCCUGGGACAGUCAUCAACAGCAAUAUGCUUGAUCAUGAUGCCAUGGACGCUCAAAAGGAGUACGAGGUGAUCGAAUUGACUUCGAAAGAUGGAUUAAAUAAACGCAAGGUUGGAUUGACCGCUGUACUUUCCGACGAUCCAGCUCUGUACAGUCACUUUGAAGGAGGGCCCUUUGGUGGUGCAACAAUUAGUAACCCCUGGGAAGCUCUAGCAAAGUACAAGGAGAUACUUGAAAGACAAGAAAAGUGUGACAUUGUUGUCCCUUUACAACAUUUAUAUACACCCGAGGAUUACAAAACUUGUCAAGAGUUUGAUUUUCCAGUCAUUCUGUCUGGCCACGAUCAUCACGUGGUAGAUGACGUCGUGGAAGGAACGAGGUUGAUCAAGCCGGGAAUGAACGCAAUUAAGGCCGCCGUUGUCGAGAUUUGUUGGAACGAUCAUAACAACGAUAAACCCACAAUUCGGAAUCGUUUCGUCCGGUGUCAAGAUUUUGAAGCCGAUCCAGAGUGCGCUGAAGAGAAUGAGCGUGCCUACGACGCCCUCAUUCCUCUUCAAAAUACCGAGCUCGCCAGAGUUCCUUCCCAUUUUGAACCUUUAUCGUCGAAUGACGCACGAGGGAGUGUCUGUACAAUGGGCAAGUACAUAUGUACACUCCUUAAGUCCUCAUUGAACGUUUCACGCCGACACAAGGCACAUAAGGUUGAUGCCGUCAUGUUGAUGGGUGGAAAUAUUCGCGGCAAUGCCGAAUAUGAGUGCGACUCGUUCUUUUCAAUGGAAGCCCUAGAAGCCGAAGUCAAAGCGGACGAGGUUGUUGCUGUCGUCGACAUGCCCGGUUGGUUGCUGGGCAAGAGCAUCGCCGAAACGCACAACGGAGAUCCAGUUCCCGGAUGGUUUCAAUAUGACAUUGGUAUACAAGAGGACGACUCCGGUGAAUCGCCGGUCGUGACACAUGUCGCAGGCCGUCCGAUUGACCACAAUCGAGUGUACCGCGUCGCAACGAAGAUUGCCGACUUGACCAACGGACAAAGCCCUUCCUUGACCGCUUACUACUUGGAACAUCAAGAACUUAUUCCUCCUCAGGGUGCCUACGUCAACGUACAGACCGAGCUCCUGGGAUAUUUCGCGCGCAACCUUUGGCGGAAGUUGUGGGAUGCUAUUUCUGACGAGAUUGACGAAGAGUGCGACAUCAACGGUGGAGAAUGUGGUUCUCCGGAAGAGCGCUUUGACAUCUUGGACUCGAACGGUGACGGAACGAUCACAGUGGAAGAAAUCCAGGUUGCAAUGAGUGAGCUUUUGGAUUACUCCGUCGAUGAUCGUGAAACAACGCUCGCUGAAUUCGUCCAUUCCUUUGCAGAUGCCACCGGUACAGGAAAGGUUACGGUCAAAGAUUUCGAACUCUUUUGUGAGGGCAAAGCAGAGACCGCAGAGGAGAAAAAAACAGUCAACAAAUUUCGUCGCCCCUUUUCCAAAACUCGCAAAGAAUAUCAGCAACCUGAAGAAGAGCUUAUCAUAAAAAUAUAACAAUUUUGUAAAUCUUUG